AUGCCUAGAGAUAAUCUUGAGCCUGAUACAUAUGAUCCUAUUCCCGAUGCUUCUAUUCCUGAUGGUGUUGCGCCAGUGCAACAAGAGCAUGCCAUGCAUCCUCACCAUGAAAUGUACAUGCAGGAAUUUCAGUGCUUGCACACCAAUUAUCAACGCCUCCAUCGUGACUAUUCUGAUCUUUAUGAUAGUGCUUGUGAAAUGAAUACAGAGAUGGUAGAGUUGAGAGAAGACUUAUAUUCCUUUCGAGAGAGCCAACAAACGCAUAACAAACAUGUGGAUACUCUUUGUAACGACCCAAAUUCUAAUCCGUCAUCAAGGUUAGCUUUUGUUAGUCGAAUACUAAUUUUCCUUAGCGAAUUUGUUUCUUUUAUGAUUAAAUUCAAUAAAGAAAACAAUAUAAAUAAAUAA